GAAUACACCGAAAAGGAAAACAAUGGCGAAGAGAAAAAUUUUCGAAUUCUUAUUUCUUUUUCUAUUAUCAAUAUUUGAAGUGAAUGGACAACUUGGGAAAAACCUAAAAUAUUAUGAAACUCUUCAUGUCGAUGAUUUGACUCAUAACAUUGUCAAGAGAGGAACGAAACCAAGUAUUAAUCUUCACAAUAAAAUAAGAGAAGUCGAGUUUAAAGCAUUGGGAAAGAAAUUCAAACUUAUUCUUCACCCUCAUCGGGAAGUUUUACAUCAAAAUUUUAAAGCUUAUCGAGUGAAUUCCGAAGGAAAUGAAACGAUUAUUCAUUUGGAUCGUGAUAGCUUCUUUCGUGGAAGAGUUUUUGGUGAAAUAAGUUCGCAUGUUUCAGCACAUAUCGAUGAUGGAAAUGUGUUGACAGCUACAAUUAUUCUCCCUGAUGAAACUUAUCACAUUGAACCUUCAUGGAGACAUCUCCCAGAAGCAACAGAUAAGCAUAUGGUGACAUACAAAGCAUCUGAUGUUAAUUUGAGUUGGGAGAAUCAUGAAGGACAUGACGGUCAUUUCGAACCUGGAAAAUGUGGAUACGUUAAAGAAGGGGCUGAACUUGAAACUGAUGAAGACGAUAAAGAUCCAGAAAUUCAUGCUGAAGCUUAUGGAUCAAAUGACAUUCCAUCAAAAAUUGAACAUAAGAGCAGAGGAAAGCGCCAAGCAGAUCAAUACGAGUACACACCAACAAAGACGCGUUGUCCGUUGUUGUUAGUCGCUGAUUAUCGAUUCUUUCAAGAAAUGGGAAGUUCAAAUACAAAGACGACGAUUUCUUACUUGAUAAGUCUCAUUGAUCGUGUUCAUAAAAUUUACAAUGACACAAUUUGGCAAGAUCGCGACGCUGAUGGAUUUCGUGGAAUGGGAUUUGUUAUCAAAAAGAUUCUCGUUCACAGUGAACCAACAAAAGUCCGUGGAGGUGAAGCUCACUACAAUAUGAUACGUGAAAAGUGGGAUGUUAGAAAUCUUCUUGAGGUUUUUUCACGAGAAUAUUCUCAUAAAGAUUUUUGUCUUGCACAUUUAUUUACUGACUUGAAAUUUGAAGGUGGAAUUUUAGGAUUAGCUUACGUUGGAUCACCACGAAGAAAUUCUGUUGGUGGCAUUUGUACGCCAGAAUACUUCAAAAAUGGUUACACGCUCUACUUGAAUUCGGGAUUAAGUUCAUCGAGAAAUCAUUAUGGACAGCGAGUUAUCACGAGAGAAGCUGAUUUAGUGACUGCCCAUGAGUUUGGUCACAAUUGGGGAAGUGAACAUGAUCCCGACAUUCCUGAAUGUUCCCCAUCAGCAUCUCAAGGUGGAAGUUUCCUCAUGUACACAUAUUCAGUUAGUGGAUACGACGUGAACAACAAGAAAUUCUCGCCUUGUUCAUUGAGAUCAAUUCGUAAAGUGUUGCAAGCAAAAUCUGGUCGUUGCUUCUCAGAACCUGAAGAAUCUUUCUGUGGGAAUCUUCGUGUUGAAGGUGAUGAACAGUGUGACGCUGGUUUAUUGGGAACUGAAGACAACGAUCAAUGUUGCGACAAGAAUUGCAAGUUGCGGAAGAAUCAAGGAGCUGUUUGUAGUGACAAAAACUCACCUUGUUGUCAAAACUGUCAGUUUAUGCAAGCUGGAGUGAAAUGUCGUGAAGCUGCGUAUGCGACUUGUGAACAAGAAGCGCGAUGCACUGGAGGUAACGCUGAUUGUCCUAAAUCACCUCCAAUGAACGAUGGAACAAUUUGCCAAGAACGUGGACAAUGUCGAAGUGGAAAAUGCGUUCCAUAUUGUGAAACUCAAGGACUUCAAAGUUGCAUGUGUGACGUCAUUGCAGAUGCUUGCAAAAGAUGUUGUCGGAUGUCGAUUAAUGAAACUUGCUUCGCAGUUGAGCCACCAGAUAUUCUACCAGAUGGAACUCCGUGCAUCCAAGGCUUCUGCAACAAAGGAAUUUGUGAGAAGACAAUUCAAGAUGCUGUUGAGAGAUUUUGGGAUAUCAUUGAGGAAAUUAACAUCAAUAAAGUUCUCAGGUUUUUACGUGACAAUGUCGUCAUGACUGUUGUGACCAUAACUACACUCUUUUGGAUUCCAUCAAGUUGUUUAAUCAGUUACUUUGACCGUCGAGCGAGACACGCUGAACUUAAAGAUUAUAAUUGGAAGCAACAAUUGGAUUUGAUUCAUCCUAGUGAUAGACGUCGUGUUAUUCACAUUCGUGUUCCCCGUCAGAAAAUAACUGUCACAGCAACAAGAAUGUAACGAUAGAAGAAAGCGGAUGAGCCAAUAAAAUUUCAGUUUUUCGUCUUUUCUUCUAUUUCCCCAAAUGUCAUUCAAAACACAAAAUUUAUUUGGAAAUUAUCUUAACGAUUUAAUAAUAAAUGACAAAAUUUAGUUAAAAAUAAAUGCUUUUAAUGGGAAACCCAAUGACGAUUAUGUUUGCAUUCGAUGUCACGUGAUAAAAUCAAUUGAAAACAUUUUAUGAUUGUUUUGCACUGCGAUGUUUGAAGUGGAAGA